AUGGCCUCAUCUUCACAUCCGUCCUUUGCUCCACGCUCCGUAUAUGCCAACGCAGGUAAACUGCCGGACCGACCUCUUAAUUCCAACAAUCCACUCCCCUUUGGAUCAUCCGUUCUAUCGCGUCGCGAGCGAGGAGAUUUCGGCGACGGCGCAGGAAAAUCACAAGGCCAUCAGCUACAUCCAGGUGCUGGGGCAGGUGGUCCCCAAACACACUCGCAGAUUCAAGGGCAAGGGCAGCAUCAAGGUGGUGGCGUAAUGGGGGGAGUUGGCGCGAAUGCGGGCAACAAUAACAAUAAUAACAACGUCAAUAAUCCGUUAAACGAUCUUUCGGAAGAGCAGAGGGAGGAGAUUAAUGAGGCUUUCACACUCUUCGAUCUUGACCGGGACCGACACCUCGAUUAUCAUGAACUCCGCGUUGCUUUCCGCGCACUUGGCUUCACACUAUCGAAACCGGACCUGAUUUCACUCCUAACAACAUAUGGCGUUCCUAGGACACCAAGCCCGCAGCAACAGCAACAACAAUCAAGGCAACAGCAGGCUCCACCACAUCCGUCUUCACUAUUAAUGCCCCUUACCUCCUUUCAAGCAGUCACAGCACGUAAGAUUCUAGAGCGAGACCCACGAGAAGAAAUAUUACGCGCUUUUGAAUUGUUCGACGAGGGAGGGAAAGGAUAUAUAGACCUUGAGGAUCUGAGACGGGUAGCGCGUGAACUGGGUGAAACAGGGCUGGAAGAGGACGAACUGAGAGCUAUGAUUGAGGAAUUUGAUUUGGAAGGUGUUGGCGGUGUCACCAGAGAAGGAUUUGUGGGUAUAUGUUUACAGUGA